AUGUCAUUUGCUAAUUUCGAUUAUGAAGCGCAAAAACCGCUUCAGAAGAAUGGCUCAGCUCAGUCGGAAUCUCAAAAUGAGUUAGAUUCUAUCAUUGAGAAAACAUCAAAGCAACUUGAGCUGUUCGGUAGUCUUGUAUCGCAAUUUGAUACUCAACGUAAACAGAUUGGUAGUAGAAGAGAUGGAGCUCGAUUACGUAGUAAUAUAGAUAUACUUAUAGAUAAAAUAUCCAAUUUGGAUUCCGUAAUAAAUAUCUUGAUUGAGAACAUCUCAUCGGUGGUCAAUAAGAAUCAGACAGGAAGCGGCAAAUCUUUAACGAUAACCGACAAGCAAAUUGUGAUAAAGGAAAGAUUGGAGAUCGAAUACAGUAGGCUACAUAAGGAAUUUCAAGUAUUGACCCGAACAUAUAAAGAAAAGAAAAGAGCCGUCCCAAUCAAGGAAACUAUUGAUGCCGUAGCAGCGCCUUCUGAUGAGCAAUCUCCGUUGCUACACCAAGCGAGUGGGCAGCAACUUACCCAGGAACAAUUACAAGUACAGCGAGAUGAAAUUAACGAAUCUGAAUUACAGUAUCAUCUUUUACUAACAGAGGAGCGUAAUCAAGAAAUAAACCAAAUCAAUGAAGGUAUAGUAGAAAUAAAUUCCAUAUUUAAAGAUUUAGGCGAAUUAGUUCACCAACAGGGUGAUCAAUUGGACACUAUAGAGGAAAACAUAUUACAAUUGCAUGGACAUACUCAGCAGGCUGAACAGGAAUUGGUCAAGGCCAAUGAAUACCAGAGAAAGAAGGGAAAGUGGAGCUGCAUUGUGUUGGUUGCAUUAUGUGUGUUCAUACUAAUAGUUGUACUUGCAGUACUUAGUUAG